AUGCCAGAUGCGGCUUAUCCUGUGUUGCUCCUGGCUGCAGCCCUCAAUCUGAAACUUUACUUUGACCUCAUCUUAAUACCCGGCUCCAAGAGCCUCAGUUCUGUUGCUUUAAUAUUCGAUGAGUUCGGUGGGAAGUUCAUAAUGUCCACUUUCAAAGGAAUAGUUACGGAGUUUCCGGAUAUAAGAAUUGAUUAUUUUCGUCAGAGUAAUGACUCGGGGGCGCGCCCGGCUCUAGCCUGCUUUCUGACACAUAUCCAUAGCGAUCAUCUGCAAGGCUUGGAAGGGUUCUACGGUGGCCCUUUCAUCUAUUGCUCGGCGGCUACUAAGGAGCUGUUGAUAAAACUGGAGAGACGAUUACACCGUUUUAAUCUCGCAAAAGGCGUACUUGAAGCACGGCGAUGCCUUUACGCCGAGAAAGAGAAGAAGCUUAAAGUCAUCCCACUAGAAACCCCGACAAUGGUUGAGAUAGGAAGUGGAAAGAGUUUACGUGUGACUCUGUUCGAUGCGAACCAUUGCCCUGGCGCCGUAAUGUUUUUAAUAGAAGGCGAUGGCAAAGCGAUUCUGUACACUGGUGACAUACGAGCUGAGAAAUGGUGGGUCGACUAUCUCAAGAGACACCCCGUCCUGGUUCCGUACGCGAUGGGCUUGAAAACUCUGGAUAAAAUAUACCUAGAUACCUCAUUCGCUGGUAGAAGCAAGAUCCAUGAAGUGUUCCGCUCCAAGCAAGAUGGGAUUCACGAGCUUCUCAGCCAAGUCCGAAAGUACCCCCAAGAUACGAUAUUCCAUCUGAAUGCAUGGACAUUUGGCUACGAAGAAGCCUGGGUGGCCUUGGCUUCAGCGUUUGAUUCUAAAAUACAUCUUAGUGACUACUAUCGCCGGCUCUUUCACUUUAUAAGGAGUCCUGACAAAUACGUUAAUGGUCCGUUCCUUAGUGGUUUCGAAUUUGGCAACUCGAAAGUUCUUGGGUGCACCACUUCAAAUACGGAAGCUCGAUUUCAUUCGUGCGAAAAGAGGAUUGGAUGCAAGGGCCUUGAAGGAAGGAAGAACAUUGUUUGGAUCAGCCCAGUCAUUACAAGAGUGGGGUCAUAUGAUGUUCACGAACCUGGCGUCGGGAGUGGUGAUUUAGAAAACCAGGAUGAUCUAGAACUACGGGAUGAGCACUUGAAACAGAUCCUCGAGAUCCUGGGGCCAGAUGUUCCGGAGAGCGUUAGGGAUCUUUUGAAGGAGGCAAGGACAUCCAUGAAACAAUUGCUCCCGCUGUCUCUCCAGAGAGGUUCCGAGGAGGAUGACCUGACAGCACCCAAACUCCUAGGGCUGCUAUCCGAAGCAGCGGGUAUAUCGAGUCAGCGAAAGAGCCAGGAGACCGACUCUCAGAUCCUCAUUCCUACUCCCAUAAGUAACGAUGAGGAAGGGGUAGUUGCAGAGAACGGAGAGAUCCUCCCGAAUGUGAUCACCUUCCCCUUUUCACGCCACUCUUCGUACUCAGAGCUACGCGGUUUAGUAUCUGCUUUCAGACCAAGGGAUAUAUACCCUUGUGUUGUCAAUGAAGCGGCCUGGGAUGAAGAGAAGAGUGUGGAGACAUUAUUCGGCGAUUUAUGCACCGGUGGCGAGUUCACUCACGAUAAUGACAUGCGACGGCGUCUGGAGGAAGAGCACAUGGCGCAAGAACAGCUAGAGGAAGAACGGCUCGAGAGAGAGUUAUUGGAGUCCCAGAGAAAUCUGGAUAGGGGUCAACUCGAGCGCAUCGAGAUAAACUUUCCGCAAUGUCGACCCGAAGAAAGAGCAACAGAAGGCUCUAAGGACACCGAAGACCAACGAUGGAUACAAGCAAGAGCAAUGGCCUCGUCUACAGCAAGCAAUACACCCACCACCUCCCCAGCAGCCUCACCGAAAAGGCCAGAGAGAGCACGAAACGUCACACCCGUAGCUCCGGUUGUGUCCCCGCCGCUCGACAGUCCACCCCCCAAACAGGUCAAGCGUGAACCACAUACAUCGCCAUCAUCAUCACCGCCUACUGGGUCGGCAAAGAGGAUUAAAAUUCAAAACUCGCUACAUGGGACAGUUUCAAGCCCCCGGCGUCCCGGCAAGGGGGUACGCAUGAGCAGCGUUGAGCGCGAAUUCGGUGAUAGCGAGAAGUUUUGGGAGGGUGUUGAGGCUGCACUUGGGAUCGGGGGAACGUGGUGGGACGUGGAGCUUUCUUGUACUAUGCAAGAGUGGAGGUAUGAGGAGGAGGUGGAAUUGUAAUUUUUUUCCUUUUCUUUUGUGUGGGGUCAAGGAGGGUAUCAUAGAGGUGCGGUUUUGCGAAUUGGAAUAUCCCAUAUUUUGUAAGUGAGUCCGCGGGAGUUGGGGAUUGUGAUUUCGAUGGCUCCUUUUACUCUAGUCAUUUAUCCACAUAGUGAAAGUAGACGCUUUAAACCCCCGAA